UGCAGGAGACCCCGGCGCGGGGAGGUGACGUCACGGAGCCGGGCGGCGGCGCGUGAGGCGCAUGGUGUCCGCGGCGUGGGGCGGCGGCGGCGGCGGCAUGGAGCGGGACCCCGGCCCCGAGGGCGCGCGCCGGGCGCUGGGCCGCCUGCUGGAGGCGGUGCUGGCGAGCCGCGGCGAGGCCAACGCCGUGUUCGACAUCCUGGCCGUGCUGCAGUGGGGCGUGGGGGGCCCCCCCGCGACCAGCCUGUUCCCUCAGUCCGAGGACCACGAGGAGACCCAGGAGGCGGUGCGCGCGUGCAGCCGCCUCUUCGGGGCCCUGCUGGAGCGGGGAGAGCUGUUUGUGGGCCGGCUGCCGUCCGAGGACUCGGUCAUGGCAGGGUCCCAGGGGGCUACGCGCAAAUACAAGGUGUGGAUGAGACAUCGGUACCACAGCUGCUGCAACCGCCUGCAGGAGCUUCUGGCUCACGCCUCCUUUGAGGUCAAGGAGCUGGCUCUCAGCACGCUCAUGAAGUUUGUGCAGCUGGAAGGAGCCUACCCCCUGGAGAAACCUAAGUGGGACGGCUGCUACCUGUUUCCUCGGCAGCUCUUCAAGGCGGUGGUGGAAGGCCUGCUUUCUCCGGAGAACGACUGCUCGCUGCUCCUGUCCCGGUUCCGGGAGUACUUGGAACACGACGACAUCCGCUACCACGUGAUGCGGGCAGCCACGGACGUCGUGGGCCGUGUCGCUGACAGGUACCCAGAGGUGCCGCUCACUUUCUGGAACAACGCCUUCACGCUGUUGUCGGCUGUGAGCCUCCCCCGCCAGGAGUGUAGCUUCUCCACCUUCUACGUGAAGCACGUGGAGCUGUCGAGCACGUGGAAGGUGGUUCAUCUGAAGGAGCAUAGGAAGGCGUUCCAGCUGAUGUGGCUCGGUUUUCUCAGGCACAAGCUGCCUCUCAGCCUCUACAAGAAGGUGCUGGUGGUCAUGCACGACUCCAUCCUGCCGCACCUGGCCCAGCCCAGCCUCAUGAUCGACUUCCUGACCCGCGCCUACGACGUGGGGGGAGCCAUCAGCCUCUUGGCCUUGAAUGGACUUUUUGUCCUGAUUCACCAGCACAACCUCGAGUACCCUGAUUUCUACCGGAAGCUCUACGGUCUCCUGGACCCGUCCGUUUUUCACGUCAAGUACCGGGCCCGGUUUUUCCACUUGGCCGAUCUCUUCCUGUCAUCCUCCCAUCUGCCCGCCUACCUGGUGGCGGCCUUCGCCAAGCGCUUGUCCCGCCUAGCGCUGACGGCGCCCCCCGAGGCCCUGCUCAUGGUCCUGCCCUUCAUCUGCAAUCUGCUGCGCCGGCACCCUGCCUGCCGCGUCCUCGUGCACCGCCCUCUGGGCCCUGAGCUGGAUGCCGACCCCUAUGACCCUGAAGAGGAAGACCCCGCCAAGAGCCGAGCUCUGGAGAGUUCGCUGUGGGAGCUGCAGGCCCUCCAGCGGCAUUACCACCCCGAGGUGUCCCAGGCCGCCAGCGUCAUCAACCAGGCGCUGUCCGUGCCUGAGGUCAGCAUCGCACCGCUGCUGGAUCUCACAGCAUUUGAGGUCUUCGAGCGGGACCUGAAGAAGAAGGGCCAGGAGUCGGUACCACUAGAGUUCAUCCCCGCCCAGGGUCUGUUGGGCCGGCAGGACGACCUCUGCGCCCAGCACUUCACGCUCAGCUGACCCUGUGGCCUCCCCUCCCCCCCUCGGCCCCCAUAAGUGGUUUCAUGGGAGAGCCAUUGGGGUGGGCCGUGGGUGGCUAGGCAGGGGUCUGGGGAGGUGCUGAACCCGUCUACUGGCUCCUGUGGUGGCUGGGUCCACAGGUAGACGUCCACAGUGCUAGCCACCCUAUGUCUACCUGCAGCACCGCCCCCCCCCCCCCCCCCCCGCACUGGAACGUGGUGUCCAGGGGUCUCUCCCUCCGCUGAAGCCUGGUGGGGAGGGGGGCUGCAGAAGUGGCUCCUGCCAUGGGGCUCCAGGUGCACUGGUGUGGCUUCUGCCAGCCCUGCAAGCUUCCCCGGGCACCCCAGACUCCCCGGGGCCCUUGUAUCCAGGGAGGGUCUGGGCCACGCCCCCCACCUUUCCCGUGCAAUUGGACUCUUGUGACUCAGGAGCGACAGUGAGGGCUUUGUCCUGGUUAGUCUUGGGGCGCACAGGGAGCGUACAUGCCCGUUCCUGACCAGGUCCAGAGGAGGACACCUUUGUCCCCUGACCCCCGGGGUGCCGGAGCGUGUGUGCCCCGUCAGAGGGAGUUAGCUGGAGGCCGCUUCACCCUUCCAUCCUUUCCCCGAGCAGAGUGGGCACCGGCAGCCAUGGGCCAGUGGCUUAUUUUGUGCCAGGGCGUUUGUUCCUUCGAGGCCCCAUUUCUGCCAGGCGAGCCUGCUCCUUGAGUCUGGGUUUCCUCUUAAAAAAUCUGCUUGUCUGGGGACAGAGGAGUCAUGUGUUUGAUGGCAGCUCACGUGGGCUGGGGGGCUGGCAGAGGCACAAGUGGGGGUGGAGAGCCCACGAGGGAGAGAACCCCCCCCUUGCCCUGCAGCCUCCUGAGUUCCCGGCAUACCCCCACCCCGCAGGAGCGCCCUGGGGUCACAGAGGGCAGUUGUUUGGCCAGUUUGGUCUCUGGGAGCUGCUCCUGUGGCCUAAGACCCUGGUGUGCCUGGUGGGGGCUUUGCCCAAGGGGUGAAGGGGCACCUCUUCUCUGUACAGGGUUGUGUGAGUCAGGGACACUAGCGCCCCACCCCCCAGCUGGACUGCCCUGGCUCCCUCCCAAGCUGGUUCCUGCCCCAGGGCCUUUGCACUGCUGUUGCCACAGCUUUCCCCUGGUCUUCAGACCCCAGGCUGAGUGAGGCCUUGCAGAGUGGUUACAUCCUGUGUGUAACAGCGUUUUGUGUGUCCCACCUGGCACGUACUUAUCUUCGUGGCCCGGCUGCCCUGCAGCAGUCCGCAGACUGUCCCUGCCCGCCUUCACGGGGACCGAGGGAGGCUCGUUACUGACCGGCCUUGUCUCCUGGCCCAGGACUUGCCUGGCUCGGAGGAGGGGCUCAUGCACAUUUGUGGGGGAUGGUCUCGAGGCUCCUGAGUGGCCUGCUACCAGAGGUCAUCAGUGCCCUGCCUGAGCCUCGGUGCGGGGACACCAGGGGGCAGCGUGGAUGGGCUGAGCCCUCACCGAUUAAGAAAUGGAUUUUUUCCAAGUUAAAUUAUAAAAGGCUUAAGCAGGUUUUUAUUUUUUUCCGAAAUUCAGCAUCGUGUGUUCUGUGUAGAUUUUCUCAUUCUGGCAGAUUCGGGGACUCCCAUGCCCUGGACACCUCAGUCCACUACACCGCCUGACCCUCAGGGCUGGGCAGCUGCAUUUUGCCACAUUGGUGUUGGGUUGGUGUUUCUUUUUUAUUUUACUUUAUUUUUUUUCCAAAGAUUUUGUUGAGUGAGUGAGCAAGUGUGAUGGGGGGGCGGGGCAGAGGCAGAAGGACAGCAGACCCCCUGCUGAGCUCAGAGCCCAAUGGGGGGCUGGAUCCCAGUACCCUGAGAUCAUGACCUGGGCUGAAACUGAGUUGGACGCUCAACCCACUGAGCCACCAGGCCCCCGGGCUGGUGUUUCUCCACCUCCCGUCCUGGUUGCCCUUUGGGUGGUUGCCUGAGCGGACGUGGGGUGGGGGCAGGGAUGGAUGGAGGAGACAGGGCAGCCCUGCUGGAGUGGCCAGGACAGCCUCGGAGGCUUCUGGGCUGGGGGCCUGAGCACCUGACCGACGUCGGGGCUUCUGGUCCAGGGGAUAUUAGAGCUAGACAGUCAGGGGCUCCUGAACCCUCUGGGAUCUGAGUGUAAGUGCUGGGGUGGACCCUCCCCUGCCAGGCAGUCACUGUCCUAGGAGGUCUGCACAUCCUGGGGAGAGUCCGCGACUGCUGGGGGACAGCGUCUGCGUGGAGGACUCUUCAUACCAUUCAUGGCUCCCAGCCCGCCUUCUGCGGCAGCCCCAGGGUCAGACAUGGGGGUUCUCAGGGACCCCAGACUGGCUGUGGGAGUCAGAUGUCAGGGGGUCUCGACACCAGACUGAUCAUGGGGGUCACGUGGGGGGUCUUGGGAACCCUGGACUGGCCGUGGGGGUCAGAUGUGGGGUGGGUCUCGGGGACCCUGGACUGAGUGUGGGGGUCAGACAUGGGGGGGUCUCAGGGACCCCGGACUGGCCGUGGGGGUCAGACAUCUGGGGGUUUUGGGGGCCCCUGGACUGGCCGUGGGUGUCAGACAUGGGGGGUCUCGGGGAUCCUGGACUGGCUGUGAGGGUCAGAUAUGGGGGUGGGUCUCAGGGACCCUGGACCCACUGUGGGGGUCAGACGUGGGGGGUCUUGGGGACCCUGGACUGGCCGUGGGGGUCAGAUGGGGGGUCUCGGGGAAAUGGGUGUAUAUGAAGUUGGGAAACCCCUGAAAAAGGGCAUCCUUGCAGCUGCUCCCACACCAGGCAGUAAGCGGGACAAAGCCCCCAUGAUGGGAGCUCAUAGGUCAUCAGGCAGAGCAGGGCGAGGGAUUCCUCCGGAGUAGAAAAUGUCAGUGGAGGCCGCCUUGGAUGGAGUGUCCAGAACUGAUGUCCAGGCCCUGGGGGCAGCAGGGGCAGGCAAGAGCCUCUUGGGUAAGGGAGGACCAGCAGCCUCCUGUAUGGUCCUGGGAUGGCGUAGGUGGGUGAUGGAACUUUCAGGGUGUGGGGGAGGACAAGUAGUGAAGGGGGGGCACUUGGGGGUCCCAAGUGCCACGGUGUGUGUGACCCUGACUCCAGGGUCGGUGCCCACGGAUGGCCUGGCCCUUCCCUUCUUCCCUCCACUUGGGGCAGCAGUGGCCACCCUGUGCACUCGGCUUGUCUGCCCCCAUCACCGUGUAGCCACCCCGAGUGUCAAAUGCUACUUCUCUCUUCCCGGCCCAUACAUCUCUCCCUGACACCACCCAACCCAGGGGAGAGGGGGGACCCUGACCGACGGAGACCUCACUCCUGUUGUAUACAGAACCGGAGCUGAAAACAAUGUAUCCUUUUGCAGAAACUCAGGGGUGUGGCAUUUCCUGCCCCGGGAGGAGGUUCACGGGGAGCUGGCCCUCUUGUUCAGGGGGCCGGGGACACAGGGACCCUUCCGGUGCCCGUGAGCAGCUCCCUGAGCUCCCCGGCUCACUGCCCACCUCCCGGCGUGGAGGCUCCAAUGCCUGUGGGCCCAGAGUCUGAGCAAAAUUCAAAGGUCUUGGGCCAUCGCUGAGGCCGGUGUAGACUGAGCACCUACUGUGCGCAGGAGCGUCCUUCCAUUCGGUGCUCAGCGCACACACCUGGCCAAGCCCCUCAAGGGAGGCUUUCCCUCCCUCCCUUGGUCUCCCAUGCCCUGUCCCCUCCAGGAGGUGAAUGGGACUUGGGGGGCAAUGAGGUCACGGUCACCUAGGUCAUGCAGCCGGGCUGAUGAAAUGAGGCGUGUCUGUCCUGGUGAUAAGAAGCGCUCACGCCCCUGCCUGGCAUUUAGCAGAUUAGCUGCAGACAAUUCUAUGUCAGCAGGCGUACUCCUGAGAGGUCAGUCAGCGAGAGGAGCUCAGCGACAUCCCCCCGUCCCCCUGAAGCGCUUUCCCGCUGCACUGUGCCCCUGCACCCCAUUUGCUCGCCUCUGCAGGGGAGGAGAUGGUCCGUUAAUGGAAACUGCCAGCCUCGCUGCCGCUUUCAGGAGCAGGGUGGUGAGGGUUGUGGCUUCGGCCUGCACGCCCAGCCUCAGCUGUCCAAGUGCGCAGUGGGCUGUGCCAGGUGCCAGGGCUGCACCAAAUUACUCCAGCGUUUAGCGGCUUGAACCCAGGUCUCUGCAAAGGGCCAGAGUGGCUGGUGUGGCUCCGUGGCCCCAUGCAGCAGCUUGCCUGCACCACUGCGGAGCAUGCAGGGCACAGGGCAUGUGUGGGCCCCAACGGCUGUCUGCAAGGGCAGGCGGGCGGGUUCGGCCUGUGGGUCGUGGCCGACCACGCCCUGGCCUGGUGACCUCUCUUCCCUUUAGAAGCCACGCCGUGUGCCUGACUGGGCGUCUGGAGAUGGCUCCUGUCCACGGACGUGCAGAUGAACCUGGCCUCCAGGAGGGACCAGUGACGUCUCCUGCCCGUGGAGGAAUCAGCUUUGCGUUUGGGGAAUUUCUUCAGGGCUUCCUGCCAGGCCCGCACCCACGGUUCCCCUUGGGGAUGAACUGGCCAGCCGUGGAGCUGUCCCCCAGGCAGGGGCAGACCUGAGGACGUCUGGGACAACGUGUGCAUUUCCUGCAGCACUUGGGUCGAUUUCUCAGGCAGGGCUCCCGCCCCUCCGUUUGCGUUACUAUGUAACAAAGCACCCCAAACUCAGUGGCAUCAACAUUUUAUCGUGUCCCCAAGCCCUGCGGUCAGGGCGCAGAUGGGGCCCCACCCGGCGGCUGGACUAGCUGUGUGAUGCCUGGCAGCUCUGGCGGGGACAGUGGCGUCUCCCACCGCGUUCUGACGAGUGCGUGGGGGAGAUGCAGGUGAACUGCUCUGGGGCCAUCCUCACACAAAGCCAAGACCUGGGGCUGCAAGCGCCCGAGGUGUGGUCUCUGCAGGUCUGAAGCCCAGAGGUCCUAACGCAGCGAUGGGUGGAGGCCGGAGGGCCGAUGAAUCCUCCCGCAAAAGACCCCGGGGAGCCUUGAAGCCUCGGGAAGCCGGGGACGCAUGGGGUCGACAGGCCGGAUGGAGACCGACGGCGGCCGCAUGCAAGCCGCCA